UGUCGUUGUCUCUUUCUGCCCCCUAUCUUGCUUUCUUUCAAAUGUCUACCAAAGUAAUAGCAUUUUUACUUACUUUCUCUGUAUCUUUUACUCUUUGUCUUUGAGAAUCUAUUUUGUUAUUGAAAUUUUAUGUUUUGAGAAAGUUUUCGAUCAAUUCACAAACCCACUUCGCGGUGGGAAUUUGAAAACUUCGCCCCUUUCAAAUAUCCCACUACUCAAAAAAGAGACAGAGAGAAGUCAAAGUGCGAAAUAAGUGUUUGACAUAAUAAUAUGUCAAGCACCAUUAUGUAUUCAUAACCACAAAUUUAGGGAUACAUUGGCAACAGAUUAGUGACUCAAAUUAUUAAUAAUUAUUGUUUAUAAAUUAUAUACAUUAAAUGUUGUCACCCGACUUGAUAUUUUCAUAGGAAAAUGUCUCAUCACAUCAUAUGUGUACUUAAGUGCAAAUUUUAUGCGUUAUGAAAUUUAAAAGCAUCCUUGUUUUGUUGGGUUUUUAAUUUGGGUCUUCAGAAAUUGUAUCUGAAGAGAUUUAAUUUGAGAAAAGUUGUUUUAAGAUUCUGUUAAGUAACAGGAAAAUGGUGGUGUUGUAAGAAACUUUCUAACGGUGAAACAAAACUCAGAGACAACAUCCAAUUGUCAGUUAUUUUUUAAGCAAUAUCCACUUUUACUUGUCGCUAAGUUUUCACACACGAAAGGUUCACAUGACAACAUUUGCGAAUAAUUAAAAGUUUGAGAAGAAGAAGAAAAAGAACUGAAAAGCAAAUGAUUGGAGUCAGAAGGAGAAUGUUGGUGAAAUGCUUAGCAGCGUGGCUGAGUGUGUACUGUUGCAAGUCAGCGAUUUCCUCCUUUCUCAUAGAUCACUUUAUGAUUGGACUCCUGCUUCUGUUUCACUUCUUAUUUUCCUCAUUUCUUCUCUUUAUGUUAAUGCGUAAAUAAUUUCGAAAUUUUUUUAUUGCAUAAUUUAUUUGUGUGUGUGUGGGUUUCUAGUUUAUUCAUGACUGGACAUGGAAAUGAUUAAGAAAAAUUAACCAAAAUACGAAAUAAUAAAUAAACUGGAUGCAAACCAAAACACUUUUUUACAAUAAGAAUAAUAGCACACUUUUUGUAAAUAUUUUCACAAUUAGUAUAGUAUUAUAUAACUAGAGUAAUUACAUAUUCUAUUGAAUAAACUAGAAACACACACAACAAUAUUUUAUGUAAUAAUAAGAAUGUAUGCAAGAAAUGAACGUAAACAUUGAUUCAAGAAGACAUUUUUUUUCUUUUCUUUCGUGGAAAAGUAUGCAGUGAAUUUAACAUGUAAAUUAGAUUUUCAUCCGCGCUUUUCUUUAUUGAAUAAAUAUUAUAAAUUUUACAUAAUAUCUAUAUUUUAAUUUUUUACAUAGUUUACAAUUAAAUUUAUAUAGAUUAUUUAUUUUAACUAGGUUCACAAGUGUGAUAAAUUUUUGGGAUUGAAAAUAAAGUGCCAUGUAUUAUAUAAAACAAAUAUUUAAUAGCUAUGUUAAAUUUUUCCCUUACUUUCUCUGGAGACCCUAAACCAUUCAUGCAUCUUGGUUCUUCUUUUCUCUCACUCUGUGAAUGUAUCUUGCAUUUUUUCUGGUGUGUGCGAUUCUUCUGUUUGGUGCUUUAUCGUGGUAAAUCUGUUAGACAAAUAUCAACGGUCGACAUGGAUUUUCUAUUUGAGAUUUCUCUUCGGUGAGAUUUUCGGCUUUACGGUUUGCUCUUUUGUAUUCUGUGUGUAAGUUGGUUAGUUAUUUCACCGGACGUAUUUAGGUUUUGGUUUAGAUGGUUUUAAUUUUUUGUACUUUAAAAACAAAAUUUCAAAAGUCCACGAAAAUAAAAAAUCUUUGUAAAAAAAGAAUUUUACAUUUAGUAUUCUACGCUGAACUGCAUUCUCAAAUAAAACACAAUUUUGACGUGUUUUAAAAGUUGUUAUAUGAUAAUUGAUUUUUUGAAUUUUAUUUAUGUGUCAUCACCACAUUCAUUUUCAGUAAAAAAAAUGACAUGACUUAAUGAUAAUGAUGACUUAUCUUAACUCUUAUUAUGGCAUGUCAAAUUGCAUUCAUGAAAUUUUACAUUUUUGAUAAGAUUCUUUAAAUAUAACAAUAACUUAUAUGUAUCACAUUAAUGAAAUUUUAAAAUAAUAUCAUAAUUAUAAAUAUAUAAUUCUUUUACAUUAACUUAGAAAAAAUAAAAAUAUGCAAAAAUUUUGGAUUUUAUCAAAAUAAAUUGUGAAUAUAUUUGUUAAUUAAAUGUUCGGAUUAUGCUUUUAUUCAUUAAUUGGUAUAAAAAUUAAUCAAAUUACCAAAUUACUAAAUUAUGUUUGUUGAACGAAUUUUAGUCUACUUAUUGAGUUAAUUAAUAAAUUGCUUUAUAUCACAUAAAUGUAGAUGUAAUUCAUAAUUUAUUAAGUUAAUUAAUAAAUUAAUUUAAUAUUUUUAUAUGUUUUAACAAAAACUAAAAUUUAUACAUUUAUACAUGUAUAUAAAUAUUAAGAUAAACGUAAUCAUAAAUAUAAAUAUAAUAUAAAAUAAGCAAAAAUUAUUUUAUAGCUUAAAUUUAAGGAAAUCUAAAAGUAAAAAUAAAAAUUUAUAAGCCAAAAAUAUAACUUAUGAAAGCUUAUUUAUAUUUAUAGUGAAAAAAUCUAAAAGGUUUUAAAAACAUUAAAAUAUGAAUUUUAACUUUAGAAAAUAUUUUGUUUUUAUAAAUUUAUUAUUACCGUUCAUGACGGAGAAAACCUUCUAGUUUAAUAUUUUUAAAGAAAACCGCUUAAUAUGUAAUUUAUAUACAAAACAAAUAUCUAUCUAUAUAGUAUAUAUAUGGCAGACAAAUUACUUGAGAUCAUAAAUAAAGGUCUUACAAAUCGUGAAGCGGGUCAAAGCAUACGAAAACCCCAUCGUAGGAUGCGUCGUCAAAUCUCAUAAACUAACUCUCUCACGAAGCUUCCUUCACGUUCAACUCCAUAAUUUCAAAGUAUGAAUACAUUCAAUUAACCAUUUAUGUCACAUUUUGUAAAUAGAUAAAUCAUCCAAGUGGUAUAUCUCUAGACAUAUGUUGAUUUCCAUGCUAAUUUUACGGGAUGUCUCUUACUCCAAUCACUACAAAUCCCGGUGCAUCAGCAUGAUUAAUACAAUUGAUUUGAUUUACAAAAAUAUGUCAUGUAAAUAUUAAAAUGUUUGAGUUAAAUUGCCUGCUUGUUCCUCUUAACAACUGGCCUAACACACAAUCAGACACUAGCUAUAAGAAAGUAGUCAAUUUUAAACGAAAAAUACCACAAAAUUUUGUUGUUAUUUUGCAUCGAAUUCCAACAAUUGGGUAUUUUGACGCAAAAUGAUGGCUGUAGCGACAUAUGAACGAAACAGUUACGUUAUUGUAAAUCAACAAGGAUAUACCAACAAACUAUUUCCUUCUACUUUGCAACGAAAUGUACAACGGGUUACAAAGUAGAUGAACAUGUGGAUGACGAUCCUAGGGCGCAAUGCGCAAUGAGAAUGUUGCGUUCUGUGAGAAAGGAUGGGUGCAAUGCGCAAUGAGAAUGUUGUAUUCUGUGGAAAAAGAUGAAUUAUAAUAUUUUUGUUGUGGUAUAUAUUAAAAAAUUUAAAAGAAUUUAUUUGAUCACUUAUGUUCCAAGUGAAAUUAUCUUUUCGGGUACAUAUUUAGAGAUAACUCUAGAGUUAAGUGUGUUUCAGCUGGAAUAGUUAAAGAAUGUGUGACCUAUUUGCGUUAUUGCGCGAGUGACGCCAAAGAAAUGGCGAUUUAGGAUCAGUAAACAAACAUUCCAAGCCUCCAAAAAUGAAACCAUCACUUAUAGCACGUGAUAGGACCCAUGGAACGAGUGAGCGGGCGUAGGAGGCCUAUGGACGAUCAAUGCGUUACAAGAAUUGUAACAUCUCGAUUGGUGGUAUAUGUGGAAUGGCAUAAUAUAAUUGAUUUGGCUACCUAUGUUAUCAAAGUGCACUUACCUUUUCGAACACUUCUCCACAAAGAACUCUAGAGUUAAAUGGUUUUUGAGCUGGAGUAGUAGAAGGAUGAGUGACAUGUCGAGAAUUAUUCGCGAUAUUUGUGCGAGUGAGGUUAAAACACGUAAAAAUUGAUGUGGUGAUUGCAUGGUUUGUAAACAAAGCUUUUGUCUAUGAAAAAUUAACGCUCGCAUGGGAUGGAGCCCAUGGAUCGAAUUUGGCGGGUGUGUAAAUUACUAGUCGUGGAUGAUUGGGGAGUUACAAGUGGUAUCAGAGACGAAUCCCGACAGAGUCAUGUGUGGGUUUACACUAAUAUGAGUUAUGAUCCUGAGACGUAAUGUGGACACUAUGUGAGAAGUAGUGAAUUGUAACAUCUCAGUUUGCGGUAUAUUGGAAUGGUUUAAAGGAAUUGAUUUGGCUACCUAUGUCAUCAAAGUGUAUUUAUCUUUUCGGUCACUUGUCCAGAGAGAGUUCGAGAGUUAAGUGUGCUUGAGUCAGAAUAAUGAAAAGAUAAAUAACCUAUCAGUAAGUAUUUUGCGAUAUCGUCUGAGUGAAUACAAAACAUAGAAAAAUUAAUUAUUAUGUGAUGAUCGAAGGAUCAGUAAAAAUAUCUUUCAAGGUUUUGAAAAAUUAACGUUACGGCCACCACGCCUUAUAAUACCCAUAGAUUGAGUAAAGAAUGUAGAAAAUUCUUUAACCGUGGACAGUCAAGGUAUUACAAAAAUACAAAUCGAAGUUAGAGAGUUUAGAACGUCUAAGUUAGAAGUUAAUGUAAAUAAAGAAUAUAAACCAUCUGUGUUUAGAAUGUCUAAGUCUAAGUUUGACAUUCUAUUCUAGGCAAAGGAUUGAAUCUUGAAGCUUUUCCAAAUUGCCACCUGUGUUGUAGAAGAUUUAUCAAUAAACUAUUUUUACGACUCUCGCGAAACACUUGGCUGAGUUGCUUAGGUUUAUUUUAUUUUAAUAUUGUUUGUCUUGUUAUUUGCGUAUGUAGGACUAGGGGUGGACGUUCGGAUAUCCAUUCAGGUUUGGAUCGUGCAUUUUGAAUUUUUGGGUAUUUCGGUAUAGAGGUAUAGAACCGUUCGGUUAUUUCUACAUUUCGAGCCGGGUUCAGGUAUUUUAAGUUCGGGUUCAGCUAUUUCGGGUCGGGUUCGGAUAUUUAGAUUUUGAAGAAAAAAAAAGAAAUUUUUCAUUGUUUAAAUUUUAUGUAUUUAAAAUAUAUACUUUUAACUUAAUUGGUUUAAUAAUUUUUAAUAUAUUAAACUAUUUAUCGGUUUGAAGAUAAAAUUUUAAAAAUAGAAAGACACUAAUGUAGUUGUUAUUUUAAAUUUUUUGAUGCAACGUUUGUUAAUGUAAGAAACAAGAGGUUAAUAUGUAUUUUAAGUGAAUUACAAAAAAAAAAUUCCAUAAUUAUAUGUAUAUUAUCUGAUUUUGAGCCAUAUGCAAAAUCUAUAAAUAUUUUGAAUAAAAUUACAUAAGUAAACUAGAAAUAUAGGAUCAAGUAUUCAUAUGUUCGGUUAUCUUCAGAUAUUAUCCGUUCGGGUUUGGAUAUCCAAUCUAUCCUAAUUCAAUAUCCGUUCGGAUAUUUUGCUACUUCAGUUCAAAUUUUUUGGGUUGGGUUCGAAUACAGUUUCAGAUAUCGGGUAAAAUAGCUACCCCUAUACAGGACUGUGUGUGUGUUAUUUUUGAAGAUGCCCAAAAGGAGAAAAAAAUAUGAAAAGCAGAUAUAUAGGUUUUUAUGAGGCAUUGUUAGCCUAUAUUUGGAUGAAGUUUAAAUCACAAAAUAGUCUAUUUUAGUAGUUUAUGUAAUAGAACAAAUUACUAAAUGACAGUGUUUAAGCUUUCGUAUUAACAAAUAAGUAUUUGCUAAUGUAUAGCUCUAAUAUAAUUGUUUUCCAUCUCGUUACUUAGCAAUAAUAACUAUGCGUAUGAAUAACAUAUGUUUUGAACUCGUUUAUUUCGUUUAUUGAAAACAUGCAGUUGGAGUGUCUUUUUUUUUUAAGUUCGUUAGCCUUCGUCUAACUGGAAUCAUCAAGGUAAGAAAAAAAAAAUCAUCAAGGUAAGUAUGCAAAAUAAAAAUUUAUAUGCCGCGGAAAUAUUUUCUUAAUAUUCAAAUACGUAUAUAAUAAGAUUUUAUUUUUGACCAAACAAAACAGAUGUUCAGAUUUUAUCUCAGAGGUUCUAAAAACGAAAGAGUAAAUGAUAAAGGCAUGGUAAAGAUGUUCUUGCCUCAUAGUUUAACGACAACACAUCUCUUCCUCGCAAAUGGUUGUUUUGCCAUUGGUUGGCAUUCGCAUGCACCCCCAACUUAUUUUAGUUAUCAUUGUCGUUAAUAUAAUAAACUAUAACUCUAAUUAUGAUUAUGGUAAUGCUCUUGGUACGCCUUUAUUUGCUCCUCAUGCGCUUACUCUAUAAUUCAUUUUCCAGCGUAAUUUAUUCAAAGAAUGUCUCAGUAAAAGAUCGUCUACACUUAAAAAGCAUUCCUUGUAAUUUAAAAUAUUGAGCAAGUCUAAAUAAAAACGAAACUGCAUUUUCAUGGAAAGGUGAAAGUUAUGAGAUAAAUGUCAAUUGAUAAAAAAGGUAAGUAGGAGUACUUAAAAUUUUAUAUACAGAAAAAUUAUAUUCCAUCCGUUUCAUAUUUUAAUUGUCAUUUUACACUUGAUCAUAUAGAUUAAAAAUAUAUUUAAUUUAUAUAUUUACUAAUUAAAAACAUCAUUAUCACACCUAACGAUAUUUCAACAAAUAGACAAAUAUAUUGGAAUAUAAAGUCAAUAAAUUUUAUAUUUGAAAUUAUAAAGAGAUAUUUAUUUUGAAACGAAAAUUUUACUGUACAACGACAACUAAACUGAAACGGAAUUAGUACAAAAUUUAAUAUUCUUUUUUUAUUCAUGGGUUUUUACAAUGUUCAUGUUUUUAUUCUAUCUUUGACCACAGAAGAUUAUAUAUCUAUGUAAAAACAAAGAAAUUUGGUAAAAUAUUGGUCAUUUAAUCUAUUGUGUACGUAUAGAGAAUGGAAGAAUCAUAAUGAAUAGAUUAAGAAUUUUGCUGAAGAGGACUCCUCUAACAUUCAUUCCAAAGUUCCAAUCAUUUAAAUAAUGUAAACGAAUAUCAGAAUACAUUAUUUCACAAUUCGAAUACCAAAACUUAUUCCUUUUUUAAAUAAUCCUAAAGUGUAAUGAUGGGUAGAACACCCCACGAGCCAUUCACACAUCAACUUUAUCAUUCCCCUAGAAGAAGAAAACUAUAGCUUAUAUCUUAAAUCUCAUUACCUCCCUCCCACUCACUCCCAUCAAAUCAAAUCAUUCACUUUGCUUUGCCUCUCCAAUGGCUCUCGAAACUUUCCUAAUAAAACUCAAAAACGCCAUUUCCUCCAAACCCACUUCUCACCGACCAACCCGAUCAACAUCUCCUCCGACCACCACCACUUCCUCCGUCGGAGUUUUAUCGUUCGAGGUGGCACGUCUCAUGACCAAACUCCUCCACCUCACUCACUCUCUCACCGACUCCAACCUCCUUAGUCUACGCGACCACUCUCUGUCCUUAGAAGGUCUCACCAAGAUCGUCACGGCCGACGAAACCUUCCACCUCAGCCUCGUCUGUGCUGAGCUCGCUGACAGUCUCGCCCACACUGCUGAUUCUGUUUCCCGGCUGAGCCUCCGUUGCACCACCCCGAGCCUCCGCUCUUUCCACCGCUUGUUCCAUGAGUUCGCCGACAUGGGUCGUGACCCUCACGGAUGGGUCAUCAGCUGUAAAGAUACUGACUCUAAAAACAAGAAAAUCGAAAGAUACGUGAGCGUGACGACAGCUUUGUAUAGAGAGAUGGAAGAGAUGACGAGUUUGGAGAACUCCCUGAGAAAACACAGCUCACAGAUUGGGAUCGAAUACGAAGAAGACAACAAGAAAGUGAUGGAUCUACAGCAAAAGAUUGAGAGACAGAGACAACACGUGAAGUAUCUGAAAGACAGAUCUCUAUGGAACAAAAGCUUCGACACGGUCGUGUUGAUCCUCGCCAGAUCAGUGUUCACCGCACUCGCGAGGCUCAAAACCGUCUUCUCCUCCGCCGCAGCAGCAUCAAGCUCCCCAACCGUCGUGUCUUUUCUCCCGCGCUCUCUCUCUUCCUCCUCUUCAUCGAUGAACCUCGUCCACCCCAGCCCAAACGACGAGGAGAGGCUCAAAACGGCGUCGUCCUCUGCGUUUCUCGAAGAAAGCGCGAGACUCUUGAAACCGCCGGAGACGACUCUUGGCGGGUCCGGCGCGGCGCUUCACUACGCGAAUCUGAUCGUCGUGAUGGAGAAGAUGAUAAAGCAACCGCAGCUGGUGGGUCUCGACGCGAGAGACGAUCUGUACUCGAUGUUGCCGGCGAGCGUGAGGUCGUCGCUCAGGUCGAGGCUAAAAGGAGUUGGGUUCACGGCGACGGACGGUGGGUUAGCGGUGGAGUGGAAAGCGGCGUUAGGGAGGAUCUUACGGUGGUUGUUACCGUUGGCGCAGAAUAUGAUAAGGUGGCAGAGCGAGAGAAGCUUCGAGCAGAGACACGUGGCGACGGCGGUGAAUAGUCAGAACAGAGUGAUGUUGGUUCAGACACUUGUGUUUGCGGAUAAAGUUAAGACAGAAGCAGCCAUUACGGAGCUUCUUGUUGGGUUGAAUUAUAUUUGGAGAUUUGAAAGAGAGAUGACUGCUAAAGCUCUGUUCAAUCUGCAGUCUCCUCCUAAAUCACAGCUAAUUUUACUGUAGAGUUUUUGUUUGUUUGCUUUUUGGUGGGUUAUUUUUGGUUUCUUCUUCUUGGUUUAAUUUGAUAAUACGCAUUAUGGAAAAAUUAAAAAGUUAUUUGGGUGGGGUUAUUUUCUUGACAUUUGAGAAAUUAUAUAAAAAGUUUGUAAACAAUGUAGAUAUUGGAAUGAGUUUGAGUGAUUAUUUUCUUAUUAUAUGUAUUC